GAGUCAUAGAUGCUCAGUAUUUCCUUCCUCAUUUUAAGAAGCUAAGAAAGGAAGUGUAGUUACUGUAAGCAUGGAGUUUUGUUUACGUUAAGCCACGUGACGGGGCGGAGCUGCGGGUUCUUCUUGGCCGAGUGACGAUGUGACAGCAGACGACAAACGUACAGAUUGUCACCUGUCGAUGAUGGCAGCUGCCGACGCUCAGCUCUCUGACACCAUCGAAGAGGAGUUCCUGAAGUGUAAGAUCUGCUUUGAGCUCUUUGCCUCACCCCGAGUCUUACCCUGCCUGCAUACCUACUGUGAGCAAUGCCUGGUGCCCCUGAUUGCCCAGGGCAAGGGGCGAGUCUGCUGCCCGGAGUGCCGGAGCGAGACUGACGUGCACGGCAAUGUCUGCAACAUCAAACCCAACUUUUUCAUCAAUGGCCUCCUGGACCUCUUCAAGUCCCGAAAUGGCAACAGGGACGCGGCUUGCUCCACCUGCCUCUCCUCGAAGGGCACCACGGCAGCCGCCGCCACCCGCUGUCUGGACUGUGCCAUCUUCCUGUGUCGGGCUUGUACCGAUGGGCACCGCUCCUCCAGGCUCACCUUUGCGCACUCGCUUGUCAGCACCAAGGAUUACAUGUCCGGGGGUCUUGACAAAGAAGGUGUCGGGCUCUGCCAGCGGCACAACGAGACCCUGCGCUUUUUCUGUGACACAUGUAGCACCUCCUUGUGCAGGACCUGCCGCAUGCACGAUCACCAGUCCCACUGCGUGCGCACCCUGGCCGAUGCCGUUGGCACAAAGAAGCCGCAGCUGCAGAGCCUACUGAGCAGCCUGGACGGGGCUUUGGAAAGUGCCGUUCAGCAUGGGCAAACAGUGGAUGCCAGGAUUGAAGAUCUGGAAGGUGCCAGCGAGUCGAUCAAGGAGCAGGUGUCGCAGUUCAUCUCGCGGGUCAUUGAGCAGCUCUUUGAGCAGCAGAGUGCCGUCCUUUCGGAACUUCAGAACUUUGUCACGCAGCAGAGAAGCAGCUACCUGGCCAUCAAAGAGCAGCUUAGUGCCCACGUCUCCUCGGCCGAGAACACCAAGAACUUCUGCCAGCAGGUGAUGGAAACGGGCAAAGACUCUCAGAUCCUUCAACUCGAAAGUCUAGUCUCGUCACACAUUAAGAAGCUGCAGGAGUUUCAGCUCCCACCUAUGGAUGUGAAGAUUCCCAGUCUGGUGGUGACCAGCGAGCAGCUGGCCAGUGCCUUCAAAUUAAAGUUUGACGUGUGUGCCAACUCAUCUCCUCAGCUGGAUGGCACUUCAGCAGCCCCAGUCCAGCCACAUGUCGUGCCAUCAUCGAGUGCUGAAACUUCAAGGCAGGCUCCAGGGCAACCUGAGAACUUGGGGAGACCUCCACCUGCAGAGUCCGCCGCCACACAGGAGCUUCCCAGAACAUCGGGGGCAUCUCCGGCGCCCAGGAAUACGAGCUCACCCGAGGCGACGGCUAUCGUCGUGCCUAUUACAAGAGCCGUGGAGCUGCCAUCCCCAGCGCCUGCUGCCAGGCCCGUGACCCCCUCUGCCCAGGGACUCUCCACUGCCUGUUACCUCCGCACCUUUGAGACAGAUGACUCGAGUAGCUCAUACGAGGAAAAUAUAACGGGCAUGAGCUGCUUCCAUAACGGUGACGUGGCUUUGGCGGACGAGCAGAACGGCCUCAUCAAACGAUUCACCCGAAACGGAAGGGAGAAGUGGAACAUCUCCCUGGAUAGCAACAUCCGCCCCUGCAGCAUUGCGGUGUGCGACAACCAAAUCUUCUUCUCGUCCAACAAAAAGAUCUACAAGGCGUUUGAGGACGGCGACACCAUGCAGAUUAGCAACCUGCGGGGUUCGCAGCCGCAGUACCCCAUCGCUGCCUACCGCAACGAGUACAUUGCUGUGAGCGAGGGCACCGCCUGCACCGUGUCCCUCUACGACCCCGAGGGCAAGCUGAUGGGGCGGGUGCAGCCCAGGAACUACUGUGGUGGCAAGUUCUUGUUCCUGGCCGUCAACAGCAGAGAGGACUUUAUCGUCACAGACACCGUCAACAAGAAGGUCCUCCUCUUCAGCCGCAGUGGCAACAUCUUGAACACUUACCAGUCGCCAUACGUGCCCUUCAGCAUUUGCGUCGACAAGUGGGACAACAUCUACGUGGUCGAGAGCAACAAGAGGAUCAGCCAGCUGGAUCCCGAUGGUGACUUCCAGGCCGAGUUUGUCACCUUCCGGGACGGCUUCAAGCCCAAACUGGUGACUGCCGAUAGACACGGGCACGUCUUUGUCACCAACCGAAGUGGCUCCGUUAGAGUUUAUAAAAUAGGGGACCACAGCCAUUUUCGAGCCUGAUAUGUCUACAUGCCACAUGAAGGUGACACGCCAGGGAGACUCGGUGGGGAUUGGACGUCAACCGCCGUUGUGUGCCCGUCGUGCCCUGCCUGAUUUUAAGCUUGUAUCCUGUACCAAAGGCUGUCUUGAUUGUUCAUCAUGUUUCCUUUUUAGAUUUUCCUGCUGCUGUUCUUCUCGUUUGUCAGCAUUUGCUGCCACGGUUCAAAAGAGCAACAGAUGUGGCAUAAUCAUUCCUGGGGUGGGGAGGGCAUGUGCCUGGUGCCAUGCCUAGGGGAGGGAAAUGCCAAGGGUCAUUCUCACAAGAGAUGGGCUUAUUACUACUGUGCUACCUGGCAUGUCCCCAGUACUACAUAUAAAAGGGGCAUAUGCUUAGUGCUGUGCCCACCAGACAAAAAUGGGGGCAUGCCUGUCCACCUUUACCUCUUGUGAAGGACACAAGUCUGGUUAAGGUUGGUUAAUAUGGCAAUAAGGGGCACUUUUCAAAAUGCCACACUUUUUCAUUUGUCUGGUAUGGCAUUGUCAUUUCAUACACUAGGGUAUGGCAUCCUGCACAUAUCGAAUACGAUACUGGCAAGAGGGCAUGUGCCUAGCCGAGUGCCCACAGGGGAUGGCAUGUGUCAAGCACCAUGCCAUUGUACGAGAUGUACAACUGAGAUUCCACUCGUGCAGUGUGGGGAGGAUUUGACAUGUACCCGGUGCCCAUGUCUCAUAGGUGAGGGCUUGGCAUGUGAUGUAGGGGGCAAUUUCUAUGGUGACAAGUCUGAGCACGUCUGCAGUCAUUUAGCUAAGGGGAGGACGGUGGGUGGCAUGAAAGAGAGAGAGAGAAGGGUCUGGGCAUGUACCGUAGCAGAAGGUGGUGGGCACACGUGCCUAUGAGGUCAGUACUGAAAAGUAGAGAUGGUUGAGAUUGGUCGGUUUGGCAAGUCAUUGUAAGCCUUAGCUGUCAUUUUGCUUUGGUGGCCUUUGAAGAGUUGGAAUGGUGGAGAGUGUUGUGCGGUGGGCCAUGUCUUCCUGCAGGUCACAUUGUUUGACAGGACAGCCUACUGUGAGGUGGGGUGGGGUUUACGUAGCACCCCUUUAGUAGGGUCCACUGAAAAUAAGCUGGUCUGCUCAUAGACGUCCCACCCCAGAAAUCGCCCUCGAUGUGGUGUACAACUCCCAGCAUGCCCUUCUCUGUGUGUGCGUCUUUAUAUCUAUCAUUCCCUGCAUUAUAGCGCCUUGCUUUUGUUGACCAAUUUAAAAUGGGACCAUUGUUCAGGGUGGGACCUGCCGUUUCAAAGGUCCUGUGGACUCAAUUGUUUUGGGUGGAGGGAUUCCUGGGAGUGUUUUCUGUUUCAGUAAUAAAAAGUUUAAUAUGUUAAGGGUGCUGGGUGGGCUGUUGGAAAACCGCCAGUAUAAGGGAACAACUUGUAUUGAAGUCUUAAUAAAAUGAUUCUGGAGAAGACA